CCCGGAAGUGUCAGUCUGAAAACAGACCCGUCGCCGUUAGCUAGCUGAGUGUUUCAAAAUCUAUUUGCUAAAUCGUCGCAUUUUAAACAGUUUAUACACACGAAAUACUCCUAUUUAUCUUUUAGAAAAUGGGAACCAGAGAUGAUGAAUACGAUUAUCUGUUUAAAGUGGUUCUGAUAGGAGACUCGGGUGUUGGCAAGAGCAACCUGCUCUCUCGUUUCACCCGGAAUGAGUUUAACCUGGAAAGUAAGAGCACCAUUGGAGUGGAGUUUGCCACCCGCAGUAUCCAGGUGGAUGGGAAAACGGUGAAGGCUCAGAUCUGGGACACGGCAGGACAGGAGCGCUACCGGGCUAUCACCUCGGCGUACUACAGAGGCGCGGUGGGGGCCCUGCUGGUCUAUGACAUCGCCAAGCACCUGACCUAUGAAAAUGUGGAGCGGUGGCUGAAAGAGCUGAGAGACCAUGCAGACACCAACAUCGUCAUCAUGCUGGUUGGCAACAAGAGUGACCUGCGUCACCUCCGGGCCGUGCCCACCGACGAGGCUCGGGCCUUCGCAGAGAAAAACGGUUUGUCUUUCCUUGAGACGUCAGCCCUGGAUUCCACCAACGUUGAAACGGCUUUCCAGACCAUUCUGACAGAAAUCUAUCGAAUCGUCUCUCAGAAGCAGAUGUCAGAGCGUCAGGAGAGCGACAUGUCUCCUAGCAACAAUGUGGUCAACAUCCAGGUGCAGCCCACUGAGAACAAACCAAAGAUGCAGUGCUGUCAGAACAUCUAGCCCCGCCCAUGUUACCACUACUUCUUUACCCACUUAUAUACCUGUACCCCCACCUCUACCCCCUUAUAUACCCUGUACCCCCACCUCUAACCCCUUAUAUACCCUGUACCCCCACCUCUACCCCUUCAU